AUGGCUAACUCAGGAAACACACGGAUUUAUCACUUGAAGGCGUUCAGAGAGCUACGAAUAGUGACCCUGGAAAAGUAUGCUAAAUUUGAGGAGGAGAAUGAGGAAGAAUGCGUUAAAGUACGUUUAUUGCCCAGUGGCAGUGGUGUAGGACACAAAAACGAUCACAACAGCAGUGGCAACUUCCCAAGCACAGCCGAAAUAUUUGGAAGAGAGUUAAUCAUUGAUAAGGAGUAUAAAUUUGGGUGUAACCAAAAAUUUGCCAUCUAUACAUUCACAGGAUGCACAAUUCAAAUAAAAGGUCGAACGUUGCAGGAGUACGAGAGCGGUAACAGCACAAUGAAGGAGUACUUAUCCCUAUCGUAUACUUUGGAUGCCUACAGGAAGUUGGCAAAGAAAAAAAAAAAAAUUGGACCCAGAGUUCUAAUUACAGGAAAUAACAACUCAGGAAAGAGUUCCGUUUCGUUGAUACUCCUCAAUUACGCAUUAAAAUCAGGAUUCAAACCGAUCUUUAUUGAAGCCGAUACAAAGUGUACUUGUGAUAAAGUCGAAUUGAACAGAGGACCAGGGAUUAUGAGUGCUUUUGUUUACGACCCAAUGAACCGGAUGAAGUGUGCACUAGAUUACUACUUUGGCUACCUCGACCUCAAUGAAGACAUCAAUUUGUACUACCACUUGAAUGAGUGCAUAAGCAGUUGCGUUCACUUAAUGCUGCUGAACAACUUGAACUCUGUAUCGUCUAGUGUCAAAACGGAUGGACAGCAGGAGGGCAUCUACGCUGCAGGGUUCAUUUUGAACGUGCCCUCCGAAGCCGACCAUCACGUGAUUAACAACUUGAUUGAAAUAUACGGUAUAAACAUCGUCAUCGUGAUUGAUAAUGCUUUUUUGCAUUACUCCCUGAAGGACCAGUACGGGGAUGAGGCUAGUCGGCGGGUCGCGGACCGGGGUCGCUCCUUCGCCCGUGAGGGAGGUUCAGAUUAUGGCCGAGACUACGAAGGAGACUAUCACCAUGAUUCCCGACACGAUAACCGACACGAUACCCGACACGAUAACCGACACGAUACCCUUGCCGAAGGUAACCGUAAGUUAAACUCCCUGCCCGCUGCAGAUGAAGAGCGAAAGGACAACAAAGACAUGGAUGAUCCAGUCAGGAAAGUAGAAAUUGUAGGCAUGCCAAAGUACGAGGGAGUAAUCCCCUCAGAUAAUAACCGAAUAAGGUACUGCAAAAAUAUGUGGUAUUACCAAUAUUUUACGAAAGAUAUUAUAGUAACGAAGAACCUGUAUAGAAGGAGCCACAUCAUUUCAUUCAAGUAUAGCUUAACUAAUUUCAUUAAACUCGACACGAAUUUGGCUGUGCCGUUGUCGGCUCUACCAGCCGAUGCCAGAGACAUACAGAGGGAAAACGUAACGGUUAGUUUGUAUAAUGGGAAUAUAACUAACCUGACUAACUGCAUUUUGGGAGUGUCCUACUCGCAGAACCUUAAUUAUGUGCAUUUGAUGAAUAUAGCUGCUUUCGUGCAUGUACAGAGUGUACGUCUGGUCGAAUUGGAGGUGGGGGAGGAUAGGGAGAAGAGUGAAAAGGGCGCUGAUGAAACGCAGGGAAAUGCGGAUGCACAAGGUAGUGCGGAUACACACAAGGACUACCUGAUCGAAAUAUUGUGCCCUCUCUGCGUUACGACGAAGAACCUUCCCCCCUACUUUGUCGUCCCAGGCAACGCCAAGCAGAUGAAGUUUUAG